AUGGCCAAAUCCAACAAGGAAAUUGCUUAUGAAGCUGAUGGGUUCGGUGAUACGCCAUCUGACAACUCAUACGCUAGUCGGUGUAGCAGUGACACUGAUGAAAGUAACGCUAGUUUGCUGGAAACGAACUUAAUGCUCUCGGAUAAAUUGAUUCUCCCGAAAGAUCUAUGCGAUAGCGCUGCCCUAUUCGACGAAUUCUUCGCACCUUUUUUAUGGGAAAUGCUGCCGCCUUCAGCCAGAAGCCAUUUAUUAAAAUUUUUACCAAUUUCUCUUGGAGACCGUUCAUCUGCAACAAAGAUAGUAAACGAUCUACUAACGCAUGGAAUGGACCGCUUUGGCGUAGACCCAAUCGCAGUUUUUCGUUCUAAUCUAGCUGAAGGAAACUAUCGACAAGACAUAGCAAAGCUGCGACGCAACUUAUGUAAAUCACUCGACAAAGAGAAGCGAAUGCUAGAAUUGCAGAAAAUGGCUCAUGUGUCUCAUAACGUGGUAUUGUGUCGAGAAACUACGUUUUUGAAUGAACUGCAAAAAAAUACCAACAACGUGUUGUCACAUUUUAAGCCAAAGUUUGUUUUAAGACCUCUUAAGCGAUCGAGCUUGCAACACCAGGAAAAGUUGGAGCAGCAUAAAUCACGAAUAAUAGCUAAGAAACGAUAUCUGAGUGAAAUUCUGAAUAUUACUGAAACUGUCGGAAUACCAUUAAGUUUGUCUGACGAAGAAGACUGCAUUGGUGCCCUACCACCUGGCCCUGUUCGCAAGAAUCGAAAAAUGUUCGGGGGCAGCAUUGGACCCUCAUCCAUUAUUGCGAACGAUCACGGUACUACCAUGCCAACAGGAAACGUCGGCACUGGCAAACGAGGAGUUGUCCAAGGAGGUGUCUGUAACGGAAGUACCAUUAACUCAUUUGACGGAGCAUCAUUUACCCCUCCUAAGUUGUUUGUAGUAACAGAUAAACACUAUAAUCGAUUGUUACUGCAGCAUCGCAAGCGCAAAUGGAAGGAGCCUCACCAUCCAGAAAUGAUUUUGGAUGGGCUGAAAUUAAAAGAUGUGGUAAUACGAACACAAUUAGCUGCAGGGUAUCGAAGAAUAUUGCCGCUUCCAAAGGUGUACGUUCGUCACGAAAUUAAGAACGAAAAUACUGUGGAUGCUGUAACCGACACGAUGCUUUAUUCUUCUUCACGAGGAUUUGUGGAACUGAAGGAGCAACUGAAGGAGCAACUGAAGGAAGAGGAACUAAAGGAGAUGGAAAUGGUUCCACUAAAAGAAGAAAUGGAUAACGAGAAACCAUUGAAACGACAAACUGUACCCAGCUACAUUACAGAUCCCCAAAAUGCUUCGUUAAAAAAUUGUGAAUCAGAUAAAAAAUCUGUAGAAAUCCAAGAAAGUAAACUGACGAUUGCGGGCAACCCACUGACCGAUCUUGUUCAAAUCACGACAGAAAAAGCCACUCCACAAGCUUCACUAUCUUCAUUACGAAGCCGCCCACUAAUUGCAAUAUCGGCUAGUGAAAGUAUCAACGACAUGACAGUAUCAACAAGUCUAAAAGGCUUGCUAAACAGCACUCACUCAUGUUUUCUCUCCCUCGUGAGAGAUCUUUUCUGUACAACGCCCGAUCAUCGAUCGUCGAUGGAUGAUCUAUUGUGUAGAUUUGACGAUUGGUUCAAUAGUACGGUAGCAUCAUCCAAUACAUGGUUUGUAGCGACCCAAUCGAAAUCGAAGUGGCACUCGAUGCUCCAUUCAGCAGUACAGUUUCUUGCGGGAGAUUUUCCUAAUAUGCCGUUAGAUUUCGUACCAUAUAUAGAACGCAAGGUGGUACUUAACGUUCUUCAGUGGAUAGGAGCGUCACGAGAUGGAGAUACUCGCCUUGUAUCGCUGUGUUUUUAUUGGAAAAACUUGGUUGCUGUACCUUCACCUACGUUUUUGGACAGUGUCCCCAUGACAAUGGCAUCCGUAGGGACACUACAGACACAUAUAUCCACUACACCCACUUCAACCACAGCAAACAGCAAUGCAUAUUGUUCUUCUAGUACAAAAUGUAAAUCGACGGCAGUUUGUAGUGCUAAACUAUCAAACGCAUCCUGCAGUUCAUCUCCUUCGUCGACUUCAUCCUCACUAUCUACUUUGGGUGACGUCGUUUCUUGUGCAACAGAUUCCAUGAACUCUAUGGCAGCACAAUAUGGUAUAAUACCUGAGGAUGACGGUUCGAUUAGUGAGCGUUCUGUGUCACCACCACCACCUCGAUUCCCAACCGAUUGGUCCGUUCGGAAGGCAACGGAAGAGGAAGUUCAAUCAUUUCGGGAACAAGAGCGAAAACGUUACGAGAAUCCUCAUUUGGCGUUCACCUUUCGCGGGUAUUCGUAUGACAGUGUCGUAGGGCCGGUUAAAGGAAUCUAUACACAAGUUCCGGGAGUAUCAAAAGCCCGAGGUCACAAUAUGCUCGUCGCGGACCGUCCAAAUUAUGUAACUAUCCUCACGUUGGUGCGCGACGCAGCUGCACGUUUGCCUAACGGAGAGGGUACUCGAGCGGAUAUCUGCGAGCUUCUUAAAUCCUCCCAAUAUAUUUCGGCUACUGCUACCGAACAAAUAUUGCAAACGAUCGUUAGUGGAGCCCUAGAUCGUAUGCACACGGAGCACGAUCCAUGUGUUAAGUAUGAUGCAAAACGUAAAAUUUGGAUCUACCUACAUCGGAAUCGAACGGAGGAAGAAUUCGAAAGGUUACAUCUACAAUAUCAAGGCAUUACAAAACACAAGAAACCGGCAGUGAAAAAACUGACUAAACACGCCAAAGAAACUACCAUUUCCACAGAUCUGAAACAGGUAGACAAUGUUUCUUCAAUCGAUGCUGCUAGAUGCAUGUCUCCCAAUAGUUUAUCAUUCAAGAAUGUUGUGACAGAUCCAGACAACAAUGCGUUAGCGGCUUCGCGUGUCACUUCAAAGAAUGUGUUGUUGUCAAUUGAUUCGCCUGAAAAAAUAGUUCCUGUGCCUAUCAACAGCGAAACCAAUAAUACGGUUCCUACCCGCGUUCAAAUGAAUGUGUGUUCUUUUACUGGCGGUGGUUCUUCACUAAGCCGCUCUGCAUCGCUGUUAAAGAAACAACCAAUUAGUAUAUUGCCAACUGGUACACCUUCCGGAGAAACAACAGUUUUUAAAACUGCAGCUACCGUAACGAGUUCUUUACCAGCAAAUCGAGACAAAACUAUGAAAUCACCUUCCACUAUUUCAACACUACAAAAAUCGGACCAGCUACUAUCGAAAAGUUCUGCCGGGUUAGUCUUGACGCCGCCUAUCGCUAGAAGUACGAUGAUUUCAUCAUGUGAAAAUAUGGGUGAAUCACUCGAAAUUUCCAAACCAUGCCUAAGUAUUACCACCAAAGUAGUGAAUGAUGAUAGUAAUACUAGAGUUAUCGAAAGAGAAGCAUCACCACUGUGUUCUUCGAGUUUAUCAGAUCGGAGACCAGGUAAAGCAACAUAUAUACAGACACCACAAAAAACAAUGAUAGUUUCAGUGCCUUCCAAAGCUGCGACUAUGUUGUCUCGUGGUCAAAACAAGCAACAGGAAUUGGUAAAAUCGUCUUCAUUGUCUGUUUCUACGCCAUCCUUAAUAUCAUCAGAAGUUGUCAAGAAGGGAUCCUCAGGCACAGCUGUCUCUAUUAAACAGCUUAAAAGUGCGCCGAAAAUCAUUGGCUCUGGUGCUCAAAGAAUAGCACCUUCAUUUUUGUCUAUGGAGUCUAGUGAGCCAUCGUCAGCGCCAUCUUCAAAUUCAGCAACUGCUGGAGGAAAAAUCGUUAACUCGGAUAUUAAACUUACGCAAACCAUUCGGACGGCCAUGAUUGAUACUUGUAGGAAUCCUAUCUUCAACAAGUCUCCAAACUCAGUUACUGAACAGAGUACAAGCUCUUCGCAGUCUGACGGAAUUGUACUUCAAAAUCUGUCAGUAAGUUCUGUACCAUCGUGUGAAAAACAAGGUACACAAGCUACUACUUCAGGGAUGCUGUCAGAUAUGCCACACAAAGUUUCGACGACCAUUCAUGCAAUGGUUCGUCCAUCAGCAAACUUAAUUAGUACUAUAACACUGGCUAAGGAUCAGCAGUCUUUGUUAACGCCAGCACAACAAAAACAAAUCAUACAGAACCUGCUAACUCAGCAACAGGUAUUGAUGGCAAAAAAAACAAUUACGCCUCAUACAACCAUGAUUUCAUCUCCGCAUUCUUCGGAAUCAUUAAUUUCGGCGCCCUCUCAAUCUUACCUUGGGAAAGUAAGCAAUAGAAAUAUAGAAUCAGAACUAUUUAGUAAGAAGUCCUUUGGCAUUGAAGAUGGAUGCGUGUCAAGCAUAAAGUAUCAGCAACAGAUGCAGCAAGCGGACCCACAUGUUGUGCAACACGUUUCUCCUCAACCAGUGAAAACCGUACACCCACCUAGUUUGGACCCAAUUGGAAUGAUUCAAGAACCGCAAGAUAUAAUAGACAAAACAAUGUCUUGUGAUACCAGCAGCUCAACUUUAUCAUUAACCACUGGCUCCCAGGGUUCCUCGGGCGUUAAAAUGAUAAAAAUUCAUUCCCCAACUACUUCUUCUGGUUCUCAUGCAAUUCUGGCACCAAUCGUCAUGUCCAACACCAAUAUUGCCGCAUCGACUCCUUUGAGUAUUGCAAUGACCGAUCCUACAAUAAUGUCAACGAAUUCAGCUUCAACCUCAGCUAUGCGCAUAUUGAAAACGGCAACCAGUGCGGCAACGGUGGUAAAAUCAGGGGUUUCCAGUGUGAUUGGAAUAAAGCAAGUAACGCAAUCGCAAAACAUAAUAACUAAGAUUUGCAAAGAUAGUAUGGCACCAGCAGGGAAAGUAUUCGUCACAUCUAAUGCUAGUUCCGGCCAACAGUUACCUCUGGAAGCUUUGCUGCAAAAAGACAUCUUCUCAGCGAAAAGCAAAGACCACAACAGCAUUACUGUAUUGAAAAUGGCGGGAUCCAACAACACCGGACAGCAGCCGCACUUUGUGCAAUUUCCUUCCACUAAUAACGUUGCGUCCGUCGAUGGAAAUAUCGUUUCUACCAGUGACGUAUCAUCAACCUCCAACAAUGCCAAAAAAUAUACCGUAGUAUCACAACUCAAUGCACGUAAUAUUAUUGCUGUUUCACCGAUAACUAGAACUACGAAUCGAUUUUCUACUUCUACCGAGACUUCAAAUUCAACAACUGUCGUAUCGUCCUUAGCAUCAGAUCCUGAAAGAGAUAAUUUAAAAUCAGUGAUGACAUCACACGCCAGCAACAUCAACAGAUUCGGCGUAGGCUCUAGCUCUGCUGCAAACGUUAUUGCUAAAGUACCUGCCACUGCAACAGCCAAGUUACACAACGCCACAAAACUAAAAAUGUUUGCAUCCAACACUUCCAUUUCUAUGAGCGCCACUGUUCAGCCUACAAGACAACUUCAAUGCACAAACAUUAUGCAGCCCCAAACGAUGAUCGGUACAUCAGGGGCGGUCAACGAUAUUCUGAACUCAAAGCUGGUUAGUGUGCGCAAUAUCGCUUCGGCUAAACUGAAUACUGCCCCAUCGUUAAGCUUUACUAAAGGCUUGAAUAUUGCCAACAUUGGAGGAAAGCCUAUCAUUAUUGCGAACAAUGCAUCGUUAAUAGCGAACCAAUCCGUAGUGGUGAGCUCGGGAUCAUUCGGUAGUAAUUACAAUUCCGGUGCAGCAUCUAAGAUGACUAAUGCAGUUAGCAAGUCCACGAUUGCUUCGACUAAUCCGAACUUUUGUAUUUCACUUGACCAGAAUACAAAGUUCAAUAAACAGACAAAUAUUGAUUUAGUCAACGUAUUAUCUACGACUAACAAAAGUGAUGUGACGGAAACUGCUACGGUUGGUUCAAGCGUAACUGGCGUGGCUCAACCUGCUCAAACUCAAACAUUAAUACUGGGAAAUCAGUUCGUUAAAGUUCAGGCCAUGCAAGCAGCAACUGUUGGAGGAAAAUUGUCAAAUCGUCACCCAGAGACGUUCGUAUCUCGUAGUGUUGUCGAUGACGAAGUCUAUUCCGAUGAUGAUACUGUUCAUGUUAACAAUAUUGGAUCUACUUUUGUACAUCAAAAACAUCAAAACAACCCUGUGGUUGGUUCUUCAACGUGUUCUAUCGUAACUAGUAUUCCUAAAAGCUUGAUCGUGAACAGUAAUGCCGGUGCAGCUACAGCUUCAAAAUCAGUAGUAAAAAUACAACCAACACCGCAUAGUUCCAGUGGGUCGAACGUCAAGGUUCUCGAAACAGGUUCGCCGCAAAUUAAUCAACAACCAAUCAAUCAACUCCAGCGCGUUUUACUAGCAACAUCCAGUGGCCAACUUCUAACGCAACCAAUUGUUCUUCCGUCUGGUUUUCAGACAACAGGACCUAUUAACAUUAAACGUUUGAAAGUUAUCCCUGUCAGUAAACAGAGCAAGAAAUAAUGGUAGAGUUAAAAAAAAUUAAGGAAAUUCACGUUAUUAUCUUCAUUCAGUAGAUGUUGCGUAAACAAAAGCAUCACAUCACAAGCAUUGUAUAAAACCAGCUGUAUAAAAUUAUUCA